AUGAACAUAUGCAAACGCUUUAGAAGUAAAGCUGGUCGCAGAGAAGUAAGAAUGCCUGCUGUGUUGAGAACCAGGUCCAAAGAAUCCUCUCUAGAGGAGAAGCCUGCUUCCAGGACAAGGACGAGAUCGGGGAGAGGCAAGCGCGGUCGUGAAGACGAUGAUGAGGACGAUGAUGAGGAAAGCGAUGGCGCAUACGACGAAGUUGGUGAUGAUUAUGAUGAAUAUGCUUCCAGAGUAAAGUUAGCGAAUAACAGGCCGUUUGAAAUAGUCGCGGGUCUGCCUGCUAGUGUGGACAUGCCUAAUUAUAACUCAUCGCUUACUCAUCCGCAAUCAAUUAAAAACUCAGGAGUGCUUUAUGACUCUUUGGUUAGCUCCAGAAGAACCUGGAUCCAGGGCGAGAUGUUUGAACUGUACUGGCGAAGGCCCAAGAAAAUCGUUAACGAGACUACGCCCACUCUGAUGGAAAGUCCAACGUCCAGUGGAAUUCCCUUAAUACGAGAUAAGAUGCAGAAAAUGUGCGAUUGUAUAAUGAGCGGAGGUCCUCACACGUUUAAAGUUAGGCUGUUCAUACUGAAAGAUGAAAAGAUCGAACAAAAGUGGCAGGAGGAGCAAGACUUGAAGAAGAAAGAAAAGGAAUUGAAAAGGAAGAAUGAAGCAGAGGCCAAGAGACUGAGAAUGGAGGAAAGGAAAAAGCAGCAGCUGCAGAAGAAAAUAGCCAAGGAACAAAAGUUACAAUUGCAAAAAGAGAAUAAGGCUAAACAGAAACUAGAACAGGAGGCACUGAAAUUGAAGAAAAAGGAGGAAAUGAAAAAACUAAAAGAGCAAAACAAAAAUAAACAAGGUUCCCCUUCCUCCACGAUGCAUGACCCAAGAAUGAUAAUGAAUUUGAAUCUGAUGGCACAAGAAGACCCAAAACUAAAUACUUUGAUGGAAACUGUGGCUAAAGGUCUAGCCAAUAAUGAUCAAUUGGAGGAAUUUAAAAAAUUUAUUGAGAUUGCCAAGAGAAGAUCCCUGGAAGGGAACCCAAUAAAUAAACGUCCCCUCGUUGCAACAGAAAAGGCCCCGGCGUCCUUUAAAAAUAAGGAUGUACAGGAGGCGAACCGCUUGAACUCGAUAACGUUGGUGAAAAGUUCAAAAACCACAGCCCCUGCAGAGCCUGAAUUAAAUAAGGAUGAUGCAGAGAAAGAACGGUCAAAGGGCGAAAAGACAACUGCUGAUUCUGUGCAAAUUGAUGUCAAAACAGAAAAGGACGUGAAAGUAGAAGAUUCGCAAAAGAAAGAGGAUGAUCCUAAGGUACCUAAAAGGAAAAGAAGAAAAAAUGCAGUGAAAGAGGAUAAAGACAUGCAAUUAACUGCAUUUCAACAAAAAUACGUCCAAAAUGCAGAGAUUGUUCUAGAGUAUUUGGAAUUCACCCAUUCGAGGUACUAUUUACCCAAAAAGUCCAUAGUAGAAUUUCUGGAGGAUACGGGCGAGAUCGUCAUAUCUUGGAUCGUCAUACACAAUUCUAAGGAAAUCGAGAAGUUCAAAACAAAAAAAUUGAAGGCAAAACUGAAAGCCGAUGGAAAGUCACACGAAGAAGAUAUUAAGCAAGACUCCGAUGUGGGAAAUGAACCAUACUUUAACCCCCUCUUUGAAGACGAUUGUCCCACCCCACUUUACACCCCGAUGACAAUGAAGUUAUCGGGUAUCCACAAAAGGUUCAACCAAAUCAUUCAGAACAGUGUCUCUCCCAUGGAAGAAGUUGCCAAAGAGAUGGAAAAAAUCCUACAAAUCGGUACCAGAUUAUCUGGUUAUAAUCUAUGGUACCAGUUGGAUGGAUACGACGAUGAAGCUUUGAGCGAAAGUUUGCGUUUCGAAUUGAUUGAGUGGGAACAUACCAUGAGAAGCAAAAGGCACAAAAGGUAG